AUGACGAACCAGAGCGUCCUCGACACCUUGUCGCAACUGUCCGACAACAUCAAGCUCACCUUCCAGCUCAUCGGCCGCCUCUCCAAACUCUCCUUCCAACCCGGAUCCACGCCGCUCCAAGGAGACGGUGACGUCCGCGUCGAGCUUGCACACGACAUUCGCGACGCCCUCAAACAGCACGACGACACGCUCGACACUAUCCGCCAGGAAAUAGAAGACGUCGUAGAGUUUGGCACAUAUUCCCAGCGUCGCCGCGACAGUCUCAAAGACAGAGAGAGGGCUCGUAUUGCUGCUCAACUAGCCCGUCUAGACGAGGACCUAAAGCAGUAUNNCGCCCGAAGCCAGUUUCGCGCCGCCCAGCUCUCAUCUAAGCGUGCCUCGGAAGCCGCUAAGCAAAAGGAACGUGAGAUCCUCCUCGCUUCUCUACAACAACCCCUCGAGCCAGACUCAACCUCGUCGACUCCAGAUCCUUUUGCUGCCCGCCGCCCUCAGCCCAAGCAACUCACACAGGACGAACUUCUCAUCAACGCCUCGACCGACGUGACUUCUGCUCUCCGCCGCACACAUAACCUGCUUACCUCGGAGCUCUCCCGUUCGCGCUUCGCACAAGAGACUCUCGACCAGUCCACAGCAGCACUCGCUGAUCUAGGUGAGCGUUACACCGAUCUUGAUUCUCUCCUCAGCAACAGUAAAAACCUCCUCGGGACCCUCGUGAGAAGUCAGAAAAGUGACACUUGGUAUCUCGAAACUGCUUUCUACAUCCUCGUCACUACCAUUUGCUGGUUGGUCUUCAGAAGACUGAUUUACGGUCCCGCUUGGUGGUUCAUCUGGCUGCCUUUCAAGUUCUUGCUGCUCAAGCCUGUCUAUCUCCUUUUUGCCAUUCUCGGCAUCACCGGUGGGUCUUCAGCUACUGCCGCAGUCUCUUCUGUCUCGUCAAGUGUUUCUAUACAACCAAGCAUUCGUAUUCAACCCAGCGCUUCAGGCGAUCGACCUACAUUCCGUAGAGGUAUGGAUCAACGCCCAGCAAACGUCGUACCAGUCGGAGGUGGUGGUGCAAAGGCCGGUUCCAAUGGCCGCCCUCAAGAUCCCAGUCCCGAGGGCAGCAUGUCGCAAAGCAUUGGUCAGAUGGCAGAAGCCAGUCGUGACCAGGCGAUACCACAGAAGGAGGAGCCACAAGAGCAGAAGCAACCUCAGAGAAGAGGAGAUGGGACAAUCCUCCAAGAAAGAGGUGACAUCCCCCGUAAUCCCAAGAAGAAAGUUUGGGAAGAAGAUGUCGAGGCGGCCAAACACCAGAUGCGGAAACGAGAUGAGCUUUAG